UUCUAACACAAGAUCUCAAUUUUUGUAAUUUAAAAAAAAAAACAAGGUCUCUCUCUCUUCUUCCCCUUCCUCAACCUACCUACUUCUUUUGUGCAACUUGUCUCUACAAGAGCUCCUCUAUAUCUCUGUAUUGCCCACACAUAAAAAGUAAGAGAGAGAGAGAGAGAGAGAGAGUGAGGGUGAGGGGACAACAUCCCACCAUUUGAGGCUGCCCCUAUUUUAGUCGCUACCCUCAAUCAUGCCAUCAGGUGCUAAGAAGAGGAAAGCUGCCAAGAAAAAGAAGGAAAAGGAAACGGAAAUUAACACCAACCCUUCAACUACCAACCUUCAAGGGAAUGAUGAGGGGAAGUCACAGGAUGAGAAAGGAAGUGAUGGCGGUGAGGGUGGUUCACCUUCACAUGGAGACCAUGAUCUUGCUUUCAAUGAAGAGGAGGAGGAGAGAGAGCCUUCAGCUGCUCAACCAUCUGAUGCUGGUGCUUCUAAGGAUUUGGAGGCUAAGAUCGGUGAAACUGAGGAGGGAAAAGAAGGUGUUGUUAUUAUAGAGUGGGAUGUGAAAUCCGAGGAGAGUUCUGAGAGCAAAGAUGUGAGAGCUGGGCAUGUUGAGUCUGCCAAGGGAUCCCAUCAUGGGAAUGGAAAAUCUGAUAGUUCAAGUGAUGAAACCGGAAUUGUGAAAAACUCAAAGUAUGAGUCACAUGAUUCGAUAAAUGAGACCGUUGCAGUUGAUGAGUUGGUUAAAUCGAAGGAUUCGUUGUAUGCAAAAGUGACGCCAGUUACUCAAAACGUACUGGUUGAGAAGACUGCUGAUUCGGUUGCAGAACCUUCUAAUGAACCAGUUAAACCAGUGGCAUCCGUACCUGAGGGGCAAACCAUUCAUAAUGAUAAUGCUUCAUUAGAGAAACCAACUGGAUCUCAAGUAGAAGCAACCGAUCUUGCUGUGAAGAAAAGUGAGGAUGAAGAGCAUUCAAUCACUGAUCAGAAUGUCAGAACACCAAGUUUGGAGGAACCUAAGGCAAGGGAAUUUGUCAAUGAAGUAUCAGCAACAGUGUUUCAUAGUCCUAUCCCUGAAUCUACUCUUGCUGCAGAACAUGUUAAAGAUUCUGAUGCUCCAGAAAGCUCUGAAAACCAGCCUCUUGUAUCAUCAGUCCCGCCUGUGAUGCAGAAGACUUCCUGGUUGAGUUGCUGUGGACUGUUUGAUGUUGUGUCUGGCUCCAACAGAUAAGUUGAGAUUCUGUAGGUUUCAAGAAUCAAGAGUGCCUCCUCACUUAGAAGAAUUGUUUGCAUGUUCUGUUUUAGAGAGUCGUCUCUAUAUUCUCUCUACAAUUCUGAUUUUGGAGGUCUUUUAUCAGCAUACAUUUUGAAACCGUGUACAGUUUUUGUUGACAACAUUGGCCACUUGCUUCUGUUGCAGAAAUACAAGCACGGGGAUCUCAUCUGAUGGAUCAGACUUAGUGAAAACUUAGGACUUCAUUGAUAAAAUUUUGUGAUAUUUUAAUGUAGAUGUGUUGUUAAGAUUUUCCAAACAAUAAUGGGCAGAAACCCAACUACAUAAUUCAUGAGGUUUAUCAUCAAAAGUUUGUUGUCGUAAGUAAUUGUGUUAGCAACAGUUUCAACUCAAUAUACCCCCAAGUGCUUGAAACUUUUUAUACUACAUUUUUGUAACUAUGCAAUUAUAUUAUUGUUCUC